AUGUAUCCGGCCUGGGGCUUGUAUGGGGCGGCGGGGCACUACCCGCCGCCACCCACCUCCAUUCCACCCCCGCCGCUGCCUAUUCCUCCCCCCAGCGUGCCGCCUCCCGCCGUCCCACCGAUGCCGAUGCCCAGCUACCCGCCACCGGGGCCCGCGCCCGCCGCCCCGCCGCCGCCGCCCGCCGGUACUUCGGGAUUCCUGAGCCUGCAGGAGCAGCACCUGGCGCAGCUCCAACAGCUCCAGCAGAUGCACCAGAAGCAGCUACAGUCCGUUCUGCUGGGGCCCCCGCCGCCGCCGGGGCCGCCCCCUCCGGGGCUGCCACCGCCGCCGCUGCCGGGCUCCUUCACCGACUGGCAGCAGCCGCCUCCGCCUGUGCCGCCGCCAGUCCGCAGCUACCAGAAGCAGUUCGCCCACCGAGAGCCACCACCACCAACCCGCAAGCCGCCCACCGGCCGGGAACGCGAUGGCCAGGAGCCGCCGGGCGGUCACGGCGACUGGGGUGAGCCGGUGCCAUCCUCGCCGGUGCCCAUGGACAUGGAGCUGUCCUCUCCGCCUCAGUCCCCGCAGCCGGCCGCCCAGGCCUACCUGCCCCCCGCCCAGGCCUACUUGCCGCCCCCUCAGACGGAGCCGUACCUACCCCCAACCCAGCCGCCCCCAGCCCAGUCUCCUCCGCUCCAGCCCUACCUGACCCGGGCGCAGGCCUCCCAGCCUCCCCCCUCCUUCUCCGAGCCCCCACCCUCCUACCUGGAACCCCCGCCGGCCACCGCUUCCCAGUCUUACCUGCCUCCCCCUGCCCAGGGCUACAUGGCACACCCUCAGCCCUACCUGCUGUCCUCCCAGGCCUCCCCUUCCCAGACAGCGCAGCCCGGCCUGUCCACCUCCAUCCCUCCCCCGGCCAAGCCAUCGCAGGCCCAUUUCCCCCCGCCGCAGCCGUCCUUACCCCUGGCCGCCGCUGCCCAGCCGGAGGCCGCGCAGGGUGCCGCCAAGGAGGCAGGCAGCACCGAACAGCCGGACCCCUCCACCAUGACUCCCCAGGAACAGCAGCAAUACUGGUACCAGCAGCACCUGCUUAGCCUGCAGCAAAGAGCAAAAGCCCAUGCUCAGGGACAGCAGCAAAUGAAAGGUCCAGUAGUGAAGGAUUCCUCUGAACAGAAAGAAAAGACUGAAGAAGGGAAAAUGAGUGCUUCAGCUCAGCAGUCUGAACCUCCUCCACUUAAUGAAUCCCUGCCUCCAACGUCCAAAGAAGAUGAGUCUUCUCUUACAUCCACUGACACUCAGCUCAAUAUUGAACCUCCUGAUGACCCUGAGGAAGAUUUGAGAUUGCAGCAAUUGCAAGCAGCAGCAGCUCAAUGGCAGCAGCAUCCCCAUCAGCGGGUUGGAUUUCAGUAUCAGAGGAUAAUGCAGAAGCAUGCCCAGCUGCAGCAGAUAGUACAGCAGUAUCAACAGAUCAUGCAACAGCCUCCACACUUACAGACAAUGUCAGUGGAAAUGCAACUGCGACAUUAUGAGGCACAGCAAAAACAGUUCCAGCAGCUUCAUAAAGAUUGGGAGCGAUCAAUGAACCAACAGUGGCAGCAUCAGCUUCAAACUUACCCUCACAAAGACCAGCUUCAAGAGUAUGAGAAACAGUGGAAAGCAUGGGAUGAACAGAUGAAGGUCACUCAAUCCCAUCUGCAGGAGAAAGUGAGCUCACUCCAAAACCUGAAGAACCAGUAUCCUGCAAACGUUUCACUGCCACCUCCAUUUGUUCCAUAUUCUCAAACCAGUCAAGGUGGCAUUCCUGUUAUGCCUCCAACUUUAACUUCAACUACACCUCCACUGGUCCUCCCUCCUCUCUCUUCCGUUUCUCAGUUGUCAAAUUCCUCUGUCCCUUCAGGAUCCAGUUCUCAAAGUAGUCAAUCUACUGAAACACCAAGGCCAGCUCUGCUUCCCACCCCUGGUACCUAUGCAGCAAAAAUAGCUAGUACAACUGUCUAUUCAUCUUACCAUUCUCAAGUAAGUUCAUCCUUUGGGUCUUCAGACCAUGGAAAGUCUCAAGCUCAUCUUGGUAAACAAACUGUCUCUAGUUCAUCUGAGCAAGCAUGUGGGGAACUGAAAGGGUCCUCUUCAGUGUCUUCCACACAUGCACCUACAAUGCAGGAUAAACCAGUGAGGUCAGGUGGACUGCUUCCAGACCCUCCCAGAUCAGCACGUUUUGAAGGCCCCAGAGGCCCUAGAUUUGAUGGACCUCGAGGAAGAGGAUAUGACAAAUUUGAAGGCUCAAGACAGAGAGGGCCUCGUUUUGACUCCCAGCGCUCAGAAGGUUACAGGUCACGUUUUGACCGCCAGAAUACAGAUGGGCAGUCUUCAAGUAGAUGGGGGACGAUCCCACGAGGACCAGCAGCACAAUUUUACACUUCAACGAAUGCAUCACAUGGACAUGGUUCCCGACCUAGUGGACCUCGGUGGAGGGAGCCCAGGCCUCAUUUGGGACAGCAGCAGCAGCAGUCACAUUCAGACUCACAGUCAGAAAACAAAGAGCCGUUUACAGACGUAGCUGGUAGUCAGCAGACUGUAAGCAGAACAGAGUCUAGUCCCGAUGCACAGAGUUCAGCUCCCGUUGAAACAAAUAAUGAGGACCUGACAAAUACUCAGCAGGAGCCAUCCAAACCUGAAGUCAAAGAAACUAUUUCAGACCCUCCUAAAAAGUGGACAUGGAGUUCACAUGAUCCUAACCAGCAAGCAGAAGAGCCCAAAGCCCCUACUCCACCUAUUCAGAACCAGAAUGCAGUAACCCCUGUAACAGAAAAUCAGGAUUUGGAUUCAGCAGAUGGCCAGUUGAUUGCUUCAGAUAGCACCCAGGGCCUACCUGGACCAGAUUGCCGAGGAAAAGGGCCGUUUAUGCAUGAAGAUAGAGGCAAGGGGCCAGUAAGCAGAGGAAGAGGCCAAGGCAGACUGGAUGAUGGCCGAGGCAGAGGGCAGGGAGAUGGCCGUGGCUGGGGAAUGGGCCGUGGAAGGGGGAUGAGAAGGAUGGAUGGUGGCAGAGGGAUGGGAAGGAUGGACGGUGGUUGGGGAAUGGGAAGGAUGGAUGAUGGCCAUGGCCGGGGAAUGGGCAGGAUGGACAAUGGCCGUGGCAGAGGAUAUGUAUACAGAGGCAGAGGACAGGCUCGACAGGCAUCCAUCCGUGGUAGGGGGAUGUUCAGGAGAGCAGGCAGCAGGGAGAGGAUGCCAGAUAGACGGUCAGGUAGCAGGGAGAGGAUGCCAGAUGGACGAUCUGGCAGCAGAGAGAGGGGAGUGGGUGGACGGUCAGGUAGCCACGAGAGGGUGUUCUCUAGCCGGGACAGAGAGCUAGCUGGGCGGACCAGCAGCCGGGAUAGGGGCCGGGCGGGUAGCUGGGAGAGGGAGCCCAUGCGGCGGGCAGGUAGCCGGGAGAGAGAGCCCAUGCGGCGGGCAGGCAGCCGGGAGAGGGUUCCUGUCAGGCAGGCAGGCAGCCGGGAGAGAGUCCCUGUCAGGCGGGCGGGCAGCCGGGAGAGGGGCCCUGUCAGGCGGGCAGGUAGCCGGGAGAGGGGUCCCAUCAGGAGGCCAGGCAGCCGCGAGAGAGAAGUAGGAAGAUCUGAAACAGGCAGUAUAGAUAAAGCCAUUCACCUAGGAGAUGACCCUGACAAGUUGCCUCCAUACCAUCGAGAUGAGACGCUCAGGGGUUCUUGGGAUCAUGAGGAUGACAGAAUGCAGGAAGAAUUUCCUUUAGAUACUCAGGAUGACCCUUCAUUGGAGCACGAAGGAUUGGGUGACUGGGAGAGAGAACGAUACUGGAGAGAUCACAAGGCUGAUUACCAGGAUGAUUCGAUAGAUGUGUAUGACAGAGAUGACAGGUUGCAGUCGCACCAUUCCUUGCCACCAUUGUCUCCCCUACCACCGUUACCUCCCUUAUCAUCUGAUCAUGACAGACGAGAUUCAUGGUGGGAUGACUGGAAAAGGCCAAGAGAAAGGGAACUAGAGAGAGAUCUGGACAGGACUGGAAGAUCCUCAGAUAUGUAUGAUCAAGAUUUAGACAGACAAUGGGAUAGAGACUGGGACAUGAGACCUAUGGAUGACAGAGAAAUGGGGAAUCGUGACCUGGAUAUCCCUCCUCUACCACCAUUGCCACCUCUUCCACCACUGGACAGAUACCGUGAAGACAGGUGGAGGGAAGAUAGGAACAGAGAUCAUUAUGACAGAGACCUCAGAGACAGGGGAGAGCUGAGGAUUCGAGAGUAUCCAGAGAGAUAUGAUACAUGGCGGGACAAGCAAGACUACCUUCCUGAAAGGACUGAUUGGGAGAGGGAACGGUUGCCAGAUAGGUGGUACCCAGAUGAUGGAGACAGACUGCGGUCUUUGGAUGAUCGUUCAGAUUCAUCCCUUCCUCCACCUUCACAUUCCUCUGAUAUGCUGGGAGCAGAUUCAAACCUGGACUCUGACCAGUCCUUGGGAGGAGUGAUGGUCCUUAGCCAAAGACAGCAUGAGAUAAUUCUGAAGGCUGCCCAGGAGCUCAAAAUGCUUCGAGAGCAAAAAGAACAGCUACAGAAGUUAAAAGAGUUUAAACCUGACAUUUCCACGCAAGACUCUCCGAGGUCACAGAACGCAAGCACAAGGCCGGGUACCUUUCAGGUCUCAUCUCAGCUGUCUUCAGAGGCACCAAUAGAAGCCCAAGCUAUUAAAUCUUCUCCUGCUGUUAUUAUAAAGCCUCCCGUGUUGUUCAGACAGCCCACCCCUGUGACGAGACCAAGUGUCCCACUGACAAGGCCUGCUACACCCAUGACAAGGCCACAUGCUACAGUUUCUACUGCAACUGCAACCCCAGGUCAUGGUCACUCUUUAAAACCAUCACCUUCUACUGUGGAACAGGAACGCUGGGAUGAGGAUUCCUUCCACGGACUCUGGGACACAAAUGAGGAUAAAGGAGCAAAUAUGGAGUAUGAAUUAUGUAAGCAGGAGUCAAUGAUGCCUCCACCCAUCUCCUCGCCUGUCAAAGUACCUGCUGUUCACACCUCUGUUCCAUCAGCUUUACCAGUGUCUCUUCCUCCAGUUAUUCCACCGGUUCCUAAGGCACCUGUAAUUCAGCAGACUGUGGAUUACGGCCACGGGCGAGAUAUAACCACCAGCAAAGUGGAACAGAUUCCAUAUGGGGAGAGGGUAACACUGCGUCCAGAACCUCUGCCAGAGAGGCAACCAUUUCAGAAAGAGCACCCUGGCCGUUACAACAGAGAACGAGAUCGUGAGGCUUAUUUUGAGCGUCAAGGCAAUUCCACCGCGGAUCACCGGGAUUUCAAGAGAGAGCGGGAACUGCACAGGGACCGUGUCUCCAUGGACUAUGAGCGAGAGAGAUUUGAUAAAGAGCGGCAUCCACGAGAUGACAGGGUUCUUCCUACUACACCUUCAAGGGCUCAGUCUUACCGUGAGAAGAAAGAUCAUCCCUCCUCCAGGCGGGGUGGUUUUGAGAGACCACCAUAUGAACGAAAGACAGAUCGCCCAGCGUACGAUCAUGGCCCUUCCAUGUUUGGAGAAAAUUCUUCUGUCCAAACACUGGAAUUUGAAGGUGAUCGUAGAAAUUACCCUGAGGAAAGAAUUCCUAUUUCUGCUCCAUCAAUACCUCGUCAGCCACCACCUGCUCCACGGGUGGAAAGAAAGCCAGAAUCUAAAAAUGUAGAUGAUAUUUUGAAGCCACCAGGACGGGAUAGCAGGCCAGAGAGAAUUGUAAUCAUCAUGAGAGGGCUGCCUGGCAGUGGGAAGACUCAUGUAGCAAAACUCAUCAGGGAUAAGGAAGUAGAGUGUGGAGGGCCUGCACCAAGAGUGCUCAGCCUGGAUGACUAUUUUAUCACUGAGGUGGAAAAAGAAGAGAGAGACCCAGAUACAGGGAAAAAAGUUAAAAAGAAGGUGAUGGAGUAUGAAUAUGAAGCUGAUAUGGAAGAGACCUAUCGUACCAGCAUGUUUAAAACUUUCAAAAAGACCUUGGAUGAUGGCUUCUUCCCCUUCAUUAUCCUUGAUGCUAUCAAUGAUAGAGUGCGACAUUUUGAGCAGUUUUGGAGUGCUGCAAAAACCAAGGGGUUUGAGGUGUACUUAGCUGAAAUGAGUGCUGAUAACCAGACGUGUUCCAAGAGGAAUAUUCAUGGACGCAAGCUAAAGGAAAUCAGCAGGAUGUCUGAUCACUGGGAGGCAGCACCACGUCACAUGAUGCGCCUGGACAUUCGUUCUCUGUUGCAGGAUGCUGCUAUCGAAGAGGUGGAGAUGGAGGAUUUUGAUGCAAAUAUAGAAGACCAGAAAGAAGAAGCCAAGAAGGAUGCAGCAGAGGAGGAAGAAAGUGAACUGGGUUACAUUCCGAAAAGCAAAUGGGAGAUGGACACAUCUGAGGCAAAGCUAGACAAGCUGGAUGGUUUGCGGACUGGCACUAAAAGGAAACGUGACUGGGAAGCAAUUGCCAGCAGAAUGGAAGAUUAUCUACAGCUUCCAGAUGACUAUGACACUCGUGCUUCUGAACCUGGAAAGAAAAGGGUGCGGUGGGCAGAUCUAGAAGAAAAAAAAGAUGCAGACAGGAAAAGAGCCAUUGGUUUUGUUGUGGGACAAACAGAUUGGGAGAAGAUAACUGAUGAAAGUGGUCAUCUUGCUGAGAGAGCCCUCAACCGCACCAAGUAUAUAUGAAAAAAAAAGUGGUUAAAUGGAAUUUUGUGCCUUUAAGGCCAUUUGCUCUGAGAAGUGAACCAAGGUGUCAUUGAGCAUCUUUGCAUGGGUCAUGUCCCUCCCACCUUCACAAUUUGGUUUUUUCUUUGUUACUUUAGUUUCAGCAGUUUUCUUGAGAUACUGGCAGAUAACCUGUGCCCUCAAGUAAAACAACAAAUCCUGCUGCUCCUAAGUGAGAGACACAGUUUACUUUUUAAUAUUU